AUGGGGCAAGGUAACUAUUCUGAAGUGAUGGAGUUCAUUCAGGUGGGGCUCACAGAUAGCGUACACAUGUGGGCCAUCCUUUUUGUGUUUUUUCUAUUGAUCUAUGUAGUUGGUGUCAUGGAGAAUCUUGGACUGAUCAGAUUAAUUGGGCUCAGCCCUCGACUUCACACUCCUAUGUACUUUUUCCUAAGCCAUUUAGCCUUUGUUGACUUCUGUUAUACCUCUUCCAUCACUCCCAACAUGUUGGUGGACUUGGCUAUAGAAUUGAAAAGCAUUUCCUUCACAGCCUGUGCUAUUCAAGUAGGUUGCUUCAUCACUUUUAUAAAUGUAGAAAUUUUUCUCCUGUCAUUGAUGGUGUAUGACCAUUAUGUGGCAAUCUGCCAACCUCUUCUUUAUAUGACUGUGAUGUCUUGGAAACUGUGUACCCAAAUGGUAGCUGGUACUUACCUAUAUUGUUUUUUGGUUGGAUUUUUUCACACAUUUCUGACAUUUCGUUUCUCCUACUAUGACUCCAAUGUCAUCAAUCACUUCUAUUGUGACGAGGUCCCCUUGUUGGCAUUGUCUUGCUCUGACACCCGUAUCAAAGAGAGGCUGAUUUUUGCAUUUGCUGGUUUUAAUAUGCUCGGCUCACUUCUAAUUGUUCUCAUCUCUUACAUUUUUAUUCUCUUGGCCAUCUUAAGGAUUCACUAUUCUGAAGGGAGACAUAAAGCCUUUUCCACCUGCACCUCCCACUUAACAUCUGUUACUAUAUUUUAUGCAACUAUGUAUUUACAGCAUAAAUCAAAUUAUUCACUGGACACUGAUACAAUUGCUUCAGUGUUCUGCACCAUCGCGAUCCCCAUGCUUAAUCCCUUGAUCUAUAGCUUGAGAAAUCAAGAGGUGAAAGGUGCCUUAAAGAAGAAAAUAGGGAAAAUAAGAUGUAUGACACCAUGA